CUAACAUGAAACAGCUCUAGGUCUAGAUUCUGCGGCGGCUGCCACCGUGGCCCUGUUUGGACGAUGACUUUUAUCAUCUCAUUUGAAACUCCUGCAAUGAACUACUAAUUCUAUGGGCUGGAGUUUGGUCCCCCUGGAGGAUGGGGAAUAUGAUGCGAGGCGCUAGUGACAGUCACAAGGUCAAUCCUGACAACCCUGACAGUGCUCAGAAGGGUUCUGAUGACGACAUAGUAGUUGUGAUCAACGAUUACCCCUCUUUGGAAAUCAGUGAGCCCAUUUACAAAAUGGGGGAGAAGCUCAGAGUCAUUGCACAAGAAGCUUAUUGGUGGAGAGUUCGCUCUAUUGAUACAGGGAAGGAGAACUACAUACCCAACAACUAUGUGGUGAGAGUUUACCAUGGGUGGCUAUUUGAGGGGGUGGGAAGGGAGAAAGCCGAAGAGCUGCUUCUUCUACCUGGAAACAGAGUGGGAUCGUUUCUGGUGCGAGAAAGCACCAGCGAGAGAGGUCUGUAUUCACUCUCAGUGAAGCACAGGGCAGUGAAGCACUAUCGAAUCUUCAGACUGGACAACAGCUGGUACUACAUCUCACCGAAGCUCACCUUCCAAUGUCUUGAAGAUAUGAUCAGUCAUUAUUCUGACUCUGCAGAUGGGCUGUGCUGCACGCUCACCACUCCUUGUCUGUCGGGGAAAGCUGAGGCACCAGAAACAAAUCCUGGACCGCCACCUGUCGUCAUGCGACACAACUUUGACUGGAGGAAAGUAGACAGGAAACAGUUGGUCAGCACAGACGGCAACAGCGACAACAUGGUGAGCUACGGUGUGAGGAACAGCAUCGCUGCUUAUUUGUCCUUUUCUGGCCAAGAACACCCUCAGCAGCAGCGAGGUGAUCAAAGGAAGAAGAAAUCUAGAUCUGUGUAUAUGAUUCCAGAAAGUAGUAAUGCAAACACUGAGUACGAGGACGACUUCUAGAGACGGCAGCAGCUCGGUUCGAAUGAAUUUACAAAAAAACGUUUGAGCAGAGACUCUCAGAUAUCUACUACAGCUCUCAGAUGUCGGCUGAGGAAUCCUCUGGCUCUGCUAUGGUCAGAGGACCUGAAAGUGAGUUGAAGUAACAGCACUUUGAAAUCUUUUAACAGUAAGUUACACUUGUACUCAUGCUUCAAAGACAAACGAAAUAUGAUUCUACGUGAAUGUGUGAAUGAGUGAAUGAGUCAGACGUGGCUUCAACAAUAACAACAAGCAUUAUUCAAAUACAAAGUAGUCCAUAGAAAUUAUUGGGAUGAAGUAUCUAGAAUACUAGUACUGGUUCAAACUAUUUCCCUUUAUCAGUUGAAGAUAAAUAUUUAAAUGUAUACAAAUAAAUGUUUGCUACUUUUGUUCAUUUUUACCUCAUGAAGUUGACAAGAUUUUUGUUCACAAAAGCUCAAAAGCUCAUCUAUUUAUGUUUUCUCAGAUUGCAACGUAAUAUUAUUUUUUUUAGUGUAGAAAACAUGACAUGCUAUAAGUGUUGCAAUGCAAGGACCUCUUUAGAGUAUCAUGAUAUGUGUUGAAAAAAAAUCACGAAUUGCAUUUGCUUAGAAAAAAGAAAGCGACUAUAACAAAUAUUGCUGCAAAAAUGAUCUCAUACGUGGAGGAUUACAGAUUUUGUUAAAAUAUAGAAUAAACAUCUUAUAUUUGGUGGCAGAGCUCGCGGAAAUGCCGUUGUUACACUUAUAGUUGUUCCACUUAUAGUCGUUACACUUAUGGUUGUUCCACUUAUAGUUGUUACAUUUUUUUGUCCUGCUGUAAACUGUUAAAAAGAGUACAAUAUAUUUAAUAUAUUUAAUGGGAGUGCAAAAUAUCCAUAUUUCAAGCACAUGACAACAUUUUGUGUGCCCAAUAUUUUUAAUGUUUGUAGUGGACACACAUAACAAAACUCAUCUUUAGGCACAUUGACAUGCAUGGCGAGAUAAGAACCAGCAGCUUAGGAAUAUUUCUGGUGUGUGUGUGUGUGGGGGGGUGUGUGCGUGUUUUUGUUUUGUUUUUUGUUAAGACAAUGAAAACAAUUAAAGAUGUUUUUCUGAAUCCAUACAAUUUAGCUAGAUUUAGUUAAACUACUGAAAUUUCUCCCCAAAUGUCAUUUUUUUGUCUUUUUGCUUAUUAUUUGCUUGCUCCACCCAAUUGAAAACAUUCUGUUUAUGAUCACACCUGCUUUUUAUUUUCUUCUGAUAUGAGUAGACUGAGCUUUGGACUAAAACAAUUAACAUGAUGGACAUAACAAGAGCUCUUGUUAUGUGCAUUUUCAAAGUCAACUGAAGGUGUUAAAAUUGCCUUGAAGUCAAGAGAAAGUGUAAAACUGCUGUUCGCUUAAACUACAAAAAUAAGCCACACAUUUUCCCACUAAUUUCCAAAAAGUUUGCCUUAUAACAUUGGUAUAUGUAUGUAUAGCUUAGUUAUCUUUUCGACUUGAACUGCUACCUUUGUAUAGUCAUUUCUAUAUUUACUCUCAAUACAGUUAAUGUGAAAGUGUGCACUGCUUCUGUCAAAUACUUUUUUAGCUUUUUUAACUAUCUCCCUGAAAUAUAUUUAUGUCUGUUUUAAGUGUAGUUGAAAUGACACAAGUUAUCAAAUGUGGAAAUUACAUUGUUUAGCUUGUGAGGUCAAAAAACAAAAACAAUAGAAAAAAAACACCAUUUGUUACGCGUGUGAAGAUUAAAAAGUGCCUUGAAAGUA